GACGGGUCUAAUACAUCGCUGGAGACACAAUUUAACCGAACCCGUCCGUUGCGGACUGUGUUGCUCUGAGUCCCUCCCUCGUUCAUGCCGCUAGUAGGCCUUGACGGAGAUUGCCUUUGUCUUACUGGGGAGGUUCACCUCAGCGCUUGAUGCUGGUGUCCGGACCGGGAGAUAGGAGUGAGUCGCAGGAGAGACCUGGCCGAAAACCGCGAUUUGGGAAUAAAGAAAGCCUGAAGUAUUUGCCAUUGGUGAUUCAAGGAGAGCUUGGCGAUAAUUCUGGUGGCUGUGUGGAGGAUGUGUUGGAGGACAACUACAUAAAGAGACAAAAUAACAAAGAUCUUUCUGUGUCAAGUAUGACAGCCAUCACUCGUGGCUCUCCAGUAGGAGGGAAUGAUAGCCAGGGCCAGGUUCCUGAUGGACCGUCUCAGCAUCUCUUCCAACAGAACCAGACCUCAUCACCUGAUUCUUCCAAUGAGAAUUCCAUAGCAACUCCUCCCCCAGAGGAACAAGGGCAAGGUGAUGCCCCACCACAGCACAAAGAUGAAGAUCCUGCAUUUCCACAUACUGAGCUGGCAAAGCUGGAUGACAUGAUCAACAGGCCUCGAUGGGUGGUUCCUGUUUUGCCAAAAGGGGAAUUAGAAGUUCUUUUAGAAGCCGCUAUUGAUCUUAGUGUAAAAGGCCUUGAUGUUAAAAGUGAAGCAUGCCAACGUUUUUUUCGAGAUGGACUAACAAUAUCUUUCACUAAAAUUCUUAUGGAUGAGGCUGUGAGUGGCUGGAAGUUUGAAAUUCAUAGAUGUAUUAUUAACAAUACUCAUCGCCUAGUGGAGCUUUGUGUGGCCAAGUUGUCCCAAGAUUGGUUUCCACUUCUAGAACUUCUCGCCAUGGCCUUAAAUCCUCAUUGCAAGUUUCAUAUCUACAAUGGUACACGUCCAUGUGAAUUAAUUUCCUCAAAUGCUCAGUUGCCUGAAGAUGAAUUAUUUGCUUGUUCUUCAGAUCCUCGAACACCAAAAGGUUGGCUAGUGGAUCUCAUCAAUAAAUUUGGCACAUUAAAUGGGUUCCAGAUUUUGCAUGAUCGUUUUUUUAAUGGAUCAGCAUUAAAUGUUCAAAUAAUUGCAGCUCUUAUUAAACCAUUUGGACAAUGCUAUGAGUUUCUCAGUCAACAUACAGUGAAAAAGUACUUCAUUCCAGUUAUAGAAAUAGUUCCACAUUUAUUAGAAAACUUAACUGAUGAAGAACUGAAAAAAGAAGCAAAGAAUGAAGCCAAAAAUGAUGCCCUUUCAAUGAUUAUUAAAUCUUUGAAGAACUUAGCUUCAAGAAUUUCAGGACAAGAUGAGACUAUAAAAAAUUUGGAAAUUUUUAGGUUAAAGAUGAUACUCAGAUUGUUGCAAAUUUCCUCUUUUAAUGGAAAGAUGAAUGCACUGAAUGAAAUAAAUAAGGUUAUAUCUAGUGUAUCAUAUUAUACUCAUCGACAUAGUAAUCCUGAGGAGGAAGAAUGGCUGACAGCUGAGCGAAUGGCGGAAUGGAUACAGCAAAAUAGUAUCUUAUCCAUAGUCUUGCAAGACAGUCUUCAUCAACCACAAUAUGUAGAAAAGCUAGAGAAAAUUCUUCGUUUUGUGAUUAAAGAAAAGGCUCUUACAUUACAGGACCUUGAUAAUAUCUGGGCAGCACAGGCAGGAAAACAUGAAGCCAUUGUGAAGAAUGUACAUGAUCUGCUAGCAAAGUUGGCUUGGGAUUUUUCUCCUGGACAACUUGAUCAUCUUUUUGAUUGCUUUAAGGCAAGUUGGACAAAUGCAAGUAAGAAGCAACGUGAAAAGCUCCUUGAGUUGAUACGUCGUCUUGCAGAAGAUGAUAAAGAUGGUGUGAUGGCACACAAAGUGUUGAACCUUCUUUGGAACCUGGCUCAUAGUGAUGAUGUGCCUGUAGAUAUCAUGGACCUUGCUCUCAGUGCCCACAUAAAAAUACUAGAUUAUAGUUGUUCCCAGGAUCGAGAUGCACAAAAGAUCCAGUGGAUAGAUCACUUUAUAGAAGAACUUCGCAGGAAUGAAAAAUGGGUAAUUCCUGCUCUGAAACAAAUAAGAGAAAUUUGUAGUUUGUUUGGUGAAGCACCUCAAAAUUUGAGCCAAACUCAGCGAAGUCCCCACAUAUUUUAUCGCCAUGAUUUAAUCAACCAGCUUCAACAAAAUCAUGCCUUAGUUACUUUGGUAGCAGAAAACCUUGCAACCUACAUGAAUAGCAUCAGAUUGUAUGCUGGAGAUCAUGAAGACUAUGAUCCACAAACAGUGAGGCUUGGAAGUCGAUAUAGUCAUGUCCAAGAAGUUCAAGAACGACUGAACUUCCUUAGAUUUUUACUGAAGGAUGGCCAACUGUGGCUCUGUGCUCCUCAGGCAAAACAAAUAUGGAAGUGCUUAGCAGAGAAUGCAGUUUAUCUUUGUGAUCGUGAAGCCUGUUUUAAGUGGUAUUCCAAGUUAAUGGGGGAUGAACCAGACUUAGAUCCUGAUAUUAAUAAGGACUUCUUUGAAAGUAAUGUGCUUCAACUUGAUCCUUCCCUUUUAACUGAAAAUGGAAUGAAAUGCUUUGAAAGAUUUUUCAAAGCUGUCAAUUGUCGAGAAGGGAAACUAAUAGCAAAAAGAAGAUCCUAUAUGAUGGAUGAUUUGGAAUUAAUUGGACUAGACUACCUUUGGAGGGUUGUGAUUCUGAGUAGUGACGAGAUUGCUAACAGAGCUAUAGAUCUUCUUAAAGACAUAUACACAAACCUUGGCCCAAGAUUAAAAGUCAAUCAGGUGGUUAUCCAUGAAGACUUCAUUCAGUCUUGCUUUGAUCGUUUAAAAGCGUCGUAUGAUACACUGUGUGUUUUGGAUGGUGACAAAAACAGUAUUAAUUGUGCAAGACAAGAAGCCAUUCGAAUGGUUAGAGUAUUAACUGUUUUAAAAGAGUACAUUAAUGAAUGUGACAGUGAUUAUCACAAGGAAAGAAUGAUUCUACCUAUGUCCAGAGCAUUUCGUGGCAAACACCUGUCUCUUAUAGUUCGGUUUCCAAACCAGAGCAGACAGGUUGAAGAGUUGGAUAUAUGGUCUCAUACAAAUGACACAGUUGGUUCAGUACGGCGAUGUAUUGUUAAUCGUAUUAAAGCCAAUGUAGCCCAUACAAAAAUUGAACUUUUUGUGGGUGGUGAGCUGAUAGAUUCUGAAGAUGACAGAAAGCUAAUUGGACAAUUAAACUUAAAAGAUAAAUCUCUAAUUACAGCCAAACUUAUACAAAUAAAUUCCAACAUGCCAUCAAGUCCUGAUAGCUCUUCCGAGUCCUCAACUACAUCUCCUGGAAACCACUGUAAUCAUUACAAUGAUGGUCCCAAUCUAGAGGUGGAACGUUGUUUGCCUGGGGUGAUAAUGUCAAUGCAUCCCAGAUACAUCUCUUUCCUUUGGCAAGUUGCAGACUUAGGUAGCAACCUGAAUAUGCCACCUCUUAGAGAUGGAGCAAGAGUACUUAUGAAACUUAUGCCACCAGAUAGAACAGCUGUAGAAAAAUUACAAGCUGUUUGUUUGGACCAUGCAAAAGUUGGAGAAGGCAAACUUAGUCCACCUCUUGACUCUCUUUUCUUUGGUCCUUCUGCCUCCCAAGUUCUGUACCUAACAGAGGUAGUUUAUGCCUUGUUAAUGCCUGCUGUUGCACCUCUAACUGAUGGGUCCUCUGACUUUCAAGUUCACUUCUUGAAAAGUGGUGGCUUACCCCUUAUACUGAGUAUGCUAAUAAGAAACAACUUCUUGCCAAAUACAGAUACGGAAACUCGAAGGGGUGUUUAUUUAAAUGCUCUCAAAAUAGCCAAACUGUUGUUAACUGCCAUUGGCUAUGGCCAUGUUCGAGCUGUAGCGGAAGCUUGUCAGCCAGUUGUAGAUGGUACAGACCCCAUAACACCGAUUAACCAAGCUACUCAUGAUCAAGCAGUGGUGCUACAAAGUGCUCUUCAGAGCAUUCCUAAUCCCUCAUCUGAGUGCAUACUUAGAAAUAAGUCAGUACGUCUUGCUCAGCAAAUAUCUGAUGAGGCUUCAAGAUAUAUGCCUGAUAUUUGUGUAAUUAGAGCUAUACAGAAAAUUAUCUGGGCAUCAGCAUGUGGGGCAUUAGGACUAGCAUUUAGCCCAAAUGAAGAGAUAACUAAAAUUUAUGAAAUGACCACCAAUGGAAGCAAUGAGCUGGAGGUGGAAGAUGAACAAGUUUGCGGUGAAGCACUGGAAGUGAUGACCUUAUGUUUUGCUUUACUUCCAACAGCAUUGGAUGUACUUAGUAAAGAAAAGUCUUGGCAGACCUUCAUCAUUGACUUACUAUUGCACUGUCCAAGCAAAACUGUUCGUCAGUUGGCACAGGAGCAGUUCUUUUUAAUGUGCACCAGAUGUUGCAUGGGACACAGGCCUCUGCUUUUCUUCAUUACUUUACUGUUUACCAUAUUGGGGAGCACAGCAAGAGAGAGGGGUAAAUACUCAGGUGAUUAUUUCACACUUUUACGGCACCUUCUCAAUUAUGCUUACAAUGGCAAUAUUAACAUACCCAAUGCUGAAGGUCUUCUUGUCAAUGAAAUUGAUUGGCUCAAAAGGAUUCGGGAUAAUGUUAAAAGCACAGGUGAAACAGGUGUUGAAGAGCUGAUACUGGAAGGCCACCUUGGGGUAACAAAAGAGUUACUGGCCUUUCAAACUUCGGAGAAAAAGUAUCACUUUGGUUGUGAAAAAGGAGGUGCUAAUCUCGUUAAAGAAUUAAUUGAUGAUUUCAUCUUUCCUGCAUCCAAAGUUUACCUGCAAUAUUUAAGAAGUGGAGAACUGCCAGCUGAGCAAGCUGUUCCAGUCUGCAGUUCACCCGUUACCAUCAAUGCUGGUUUUGAGCUACUUGUAGCAUUAGCUAUUGGCUGUGUAAGGAAUCUCAAACAGAUAGUAGACUGUUUGACUGAAAUAUAUUACAUAGGCACAGCAAUAACUACUUGUGAAGCACUUACUGAGUGGGAAUAUCUGCCUCCUGUUGGACCCCGCCCACCAAAAGGAUUUGUGGGACUCAAAAAUGCUGGUGCUACGUGUUACAUGAACUCUGUGAUCCAGCAGCUAUACAUGAUUCCUUCUAUCAGAAACAGUAUUCUUGCAGUUGAAGGCACAGGUAGUGAUUUAGAUGAUGAUAUGUUCGGGGAUGAGAAGCAGGACGGUGAGAGUAAUGUUGAUCCCCGAGAUGAUGUAUUUGGAUAUCCUCAUCAAUUUGAAGACAAACCAGCUUUAAGUAAGACAGAAGAUAGGAAAGAGUACAAUAUUGGUGUCCUAAGACACCUUCAGAUCAUCUUUGGUCAUUUAGCUGCUUCCCGACUACAAUACUAUGUACCCAGAGGAUUUUGGAAACAGUUCAGGCUUUGGGGUGAACCUGUUAAUCUCCGUGAACAACAUGAUGCCUUAGAGUUUUUUAAUUCUUUGGUGGAUAGUUUAGAUGAAGCUUUAAAAGCUUUAGGACACCCAGCUAUACUAAGUAAAGUCCUAGGAGGCUCCUUUGCUGAUCAGAAGAUCUGCCAAGGCUGCCCACAUAGGUAUGAAUGUGAAGAAUCUUUUACAACUUUGAAUGUGGACAUUAGAAAUCAUCAAAAUCUUCUUGAUUCUUUGGAACAGUAUAUCAAAGGAGAUUUAUUGGAAGGUGCAAAUGCAUAUCGUUGUGAAAAAUGUGAUAAAAAGGUUGACACAGUAAAGCGCCUGCUAAUUAAAAAAUUGCCUCGGGUUCUUGCUAUCCAACUCAAACGAUUUGACUAUGACUGGGAAAGAGAAUGUGCAAUUAAAUUCAACGAUUAUUUUGAAUUUCCUCGAGAGCUGGAUAUGGGACCUUACACAGUAACAGGUGUUGCAAAGCUGGAAAGGGAUAAUGUAAACUCAGAAAAUCAGUUGAUUGAACAGAAAGAGCAGUCUGAAAAUGAAACUACAGGAGGCACAAAGUACAGACUUAUAGGUGUGCUUGUACACAGUGGUCAAGCAAGCGGUGGGCAUUAUUAUUCUUACAUCAUUCAAAGGAAUGGUAAAGAUGAUGAGAGAGAUCACUGGUAUAAGUUUGAUGAUGGAGAUGUAACAGAAUGCAAAAUGGAUGAUGAUGAAGAAAUGAAAAAUCAGUGUUUUGGUGGAGAGUACAUGGGAGAAGUAUUUGAUCACAUGAUGAAGCGCAUGUCAUAUAGGCGGCAGAAGAGGUGGUGGAAUGCUUACAUACUUUUUUAUGAACAAAUGGAUAUGAUAGAUGAAGAUGAUGAGAUGAUAAGAUAUAUAUCAGAGCUAACUAUUGCAAGACCCCAUCAGAUCAUUAUGUCACCAGCCAUUGAGAGAAGUGUACGGAAACAAAAUGUGCAAUUUAUGCAUAACCGAAUGCAAUAUAGUUUAGAGUAUUUUCAGUUUGUGAAAAAACUGCUUACAUGUAAUGGUGUUUAUUUAAACCUUGCUCCAGGGCAGGAUUAUUUGUUGCCUGAAGCAGAAGAAAUUACUAUGAUUAGUAUUCAGCUUGCUGCUAGAUUCCUCUUUACCACUGGAUUUCAUACCAAGAAAAUAGUUCGUGGUCCUGCCAGUGACUGGUAUGAUGCACUGUGCAUUCUCCUCCGUCACAGCAAGAAUGUACGUUUUUGGUUUGCUCAUAAUGUCCUUUUUAAUGUAUCAAAUCGCUUCUCUGAAUACCUUCUGGAGUGCCCUAGUACAGAAGUGAGGGGUGCAUUUGCAAAACUUAUAGUAUUUAUUGCACACUUUUCCUUGAAAGAUGGGUCUUGUCCUUCUCCUUUUGCAUCUCCAGGACCUUCUAGUCAGGCAUGUGAUAACUUGAGCUUGAGUGACCACUUAUUAAGAGCCACACUAAAUCUCUUGAGAAGGGAAGUGUCAGAGCAUGGACGUCAUUUACAGCAAUAUUUUAAUUUGUUUGUAAUGUAUGCCAAUUUAGGUGUAGCAGAAAAAACACAGCUUCUGAAAUUGAAUGUACCUGCUACCUUUAUGCUUGUAUCUUUAGACGAAGGACCAGGUCCUCCAAUCAAAUAUCAGUAUGCUGAAUUAGGCAAGUUAUAUUCAGUAGUGUCUCAGCUGAUUCGUUGUUGCAAUGUAUCAUCAACAAUGCAGUCUUCAAUCAAUGGUAAUCCCCCUCUCCCCAAUCCUUUUGGUGACCCCAGUUUAUCACAGCCUAUAAUGCCAAUUCAGCAGAAUGUGGCAGACAUUUUAUUUGUGAGAACAAGUUACGUGAAGAAAAUUAUUGAAGACUGCAGUAACUCAGAGGAUACCAUCAAAUUACUUCGCUUUUGUUCUUGGGAGAAUCCUCAGUUCUCAUCUACUGUCCUCAGCGAACUUCUCUGGCAGGUUGCAUAUUCAUAUACCUAUGAACUUCGGCCGUAUUUAGAUCUACUUUUGGAAAUUUUACUGAUUGAGGACUCCUGGCAGACUCACAGAAUUCAUAAUGCACUUAAAGGAAUUCCAGAUGACCGAGAUGGGCUGUUCGAUACAAUACAGCGCUCAAAGAAUCACUAUCAAAAACGAGCGUAUCAGUGCAUAAAAUGUAUGGUAGCUCUAUUUAGCAGUUGUCCUGUUGCUUACCAAAUCUUACAGGGUAAUGGCGAUCUUAAAAGAAAAUGGACCUGGGCAGUGGAAUGGCUAGGAGAUGAACUUGAAAGACGACCAUAUACUGGCAAUCCUCAGUAUACUUACCACAAUUGGUCUCCUCCAGUACAAAGCAAUGAAACAUCAAAUGGUUAUUUCUUAGAAAGAUCACAUAGUGCUAGGAUGACACUUGAAAAAGCUUGUGAACUCUGUCCAGAAGAGGAACCAGAUGACCAGGAUGCCCCAGAUGAGCAUGAGCCCUCUCCAUCAGAAGAUGCCCCAUUAUAUCCUCAUUCACCUGGCUUUCAGUAUCAACAGAAUAAUCAUGUGCAUGGACAGCCAUAUACAGGACCAGCAGCACAUCACUUGAACAACCCUCAGAAAACUGGCCAACGAACACAAGAAAAUUAUGAAGGCAAUGAAGAAGUAUCCUCACCUCAGAUGAAAGAACAGGGAAAAGCACAUAAUUAACUGCUUCCUUUAUGACCACGCACUAAGGCCUUACAGUCCAAACUUUCUCUGUGCCUGGCUAGUAUUGAAAACUAGAUAAACUAUUCCAAACCAACAUGGAGUAGAGAGAGCAUAUUCACUCUCGUUUGCAGUAAUUUACAAUUUGUCAGUGUAUAAGACACAUGCAGGGGGAAGUGUACAGUGUUUUGUAAUAAAUGACUGGUCCUAAUCUAUAAAGGACAAAGGUACAUAUACUAUGUUAAUGUCUGACUAUUAAUUCUUAAGCAAGAAAUUUUUUUUGAUGAAAACAAGUCAGAUCUACACAAUCAUACAAUUAUUUUUUGUUAUGUUCACUGCAUUGUGCAAUUGAUAUUGCCUGUUUUGUGCAGUUUGAUCAACUUUACCCACUUCCCCCCAAAAAAGGGAACAUAAAAGAGCCCAUCUUUGUCAGUUUACACCAAUAGUUUUUUGUUAAUCCUUUUUUCCUGGAUAUAUAAGACUGGUGGUCACUUUUGAAUUAUAAGGUUGCUGGGCGCGGUGGCUCAAGCCUGUAAUCCCAGCACUUUGGGAGGCCGAGACGGGCGGAUCACGAGGUCAGGAGAUCGAGACCAUCCUGGCUAACACGGUGAAACCCCGUCUCUACUAAAGAAA